CUGCGGGGCGGCGGCGGGCAGCGCGCGGCGCUGCUGCGGGAGCUGUCUGAGCUGCAGUGGCUCAGGGGGCGGGGCUCCGUUGACUUUGGGGACCUGCUCGUCCCGGCGUCAUACCACGCCCCUGGCAGCCAUGGAGGCGGGGACGGCAGCCCCGGCGAACAAGAAGCAGGGACCUGUGGCGGCGGCGUGCCGGCCGUGCUGCCGGUGCCGGUGCUGUCGACGCUGCUUGAGAUCCGGUUUGUGCGGCUGGUGACGGCGGCGGUGCUGCCCACAGCCGCCGUUGGGGCGCCGGCGGGCAACCUGGAGCUGGCCAGGCGUUGA